AUGUCUUCAACUUUUCAGUCUUCUUCCUCGGGAAAGGGAAACGAUCUCCCACCUGGGACCUUUCUCUUGAUUAGAGAGAACGAUUCCGAGGUAUCGGGUGAGCACGUUGUUAUGCUUGAUCCCAUUCCAUCCAAGGAUCCCAACGAGCCCUUGUCCAAUCUUUGUAUUCAGAACUGGAGUGCGACUCGCAAGACUGUUAAUUUCACCAUCAUUCUCGGAAUGACAGCUCUUGUGUUCACAGCACUCUCCGUGCAAUCUAUUUUCUGGCAGCAGAUGAUCCUGGAUCUUGAUGUUACGUAUACACAGCUCAACAAUUCCAUGUCUGUCAACUUCGUGGGUCUGUCGAUGGGAUGUGUUCUCUUCAUUCCUCUGGCCAAGAAAUACGGUCGCCGUCCAAUUUACAUUGCGUCGACAAUUCUGAUGCUGGUAACCUCCUUCUGGACUUCCAGGCUGCAGAGUUUAUCAGAGCUUUAUAUCUGCAACCUGCUUCAAGGAUUGGCUGGUGCAACCAACGAAGCCAUCGUUGAGAUAACUAUUGCCGACCUCUUCUUUGUGCAUCAUCGGGGUCGAAUGAAUGGUCUCUACAUGACAUUUGUGAUGAUUGGGUCAUUUCUUGCUCCAAUGGCAGCGGGAGCACAAGCCACAAAUCAAGGAUGGCGUUCGUCUUACCGGACAAUGGGGAUCUUCAAUGCCAUCUUCCUAGUCCUCUUCGUUUUUCUAUAUGAGGAGACAAAAUACAUCCCCAUUUUCACAGGCGAAUCACGCAACGAGCCCAGUCCGACCGAAUGCUACCCUGAGGCUGAGGACGAGGAUCAAAAAACGAAAGUCCAAUCCGAGAGCCAUGUCACGCACGUCGUUGAACAGAGCACUCUACACCACGAAAUAGAUUUUACCAUUCCCAUGAACUCUUGGCGCAAAAGUCUUGCUUUGGCCACUCCUACCUCAGAACCGAUCUGGGCUUACUAUUAUCGACCUUUUUAUGUACUACUCAGCUUCCCAACGGUGUUGUAUACAGCUUUGCAAUAUGCCUCCGGCGUUGCUUUCCUCACUAUCAUGUCCAGUGUGCUAGCUCUGGUAUUUCCAGAACCACCAUAUUCAUUCAAUCCCGAGCAGAUUGGAUAUAUGAGCGUUGGCCCCUUCAUUGGAAAUCUCAUCGGCUCAAUCUACGGGGGUGUCUUGGGGGAUUGGUCUAUCCUAUACUUCUCUCAGAAGAACAAGGGCUACUUCGAGCCUGAGAUGCGACUUUACAUUCUCCCUAUACCUGCGAUCUUCAUGUCAGGAGGCCUGAUUAUGUUUGGCGUUACGAUUUCCAGGGGCAUGCACUGGAUUUUUCCCAGCAUUGCUGGUGUGUUUUUCGGAUUUGGUCUUGGCAGUGUCAGUGACGCAGCUUUGACACUGGUGAUUGACAGUUACCGAGAAAUCGCUGGUGAUGCUUUCACUGGAGUCGCCUUUUUACGCAACGCGGUUAGUAUCGGGAUUCCUUUCGCUAUCAGUCCUUGGAUGAAGAAUAACGGGAUUCAAAACAUGUUUAUCGUUGCGGGGUUUAUCAGCCUUGCGGUGAACUGCUUGAUGAUUCCAAUGAUGAUCUGGGGUAAAGCUGCUCGGCGUGCCUUGGCUUCGCGCUACCAACGAAUGGUGAGCAUAGGUCAUUGA